AUGGAAUUCUACUCAUCAUUGGAUGCGUCCCAGUUGGACAGUGAGACUCCGACUCUUUUUGAGUUGAUUUCUGCACACCAACUUGAACAUCUCCUUUCACCAUCGCUCCGUUACAUCCUUGUUUACUACACCACAAGGUACCCUCGGUACCUCCUUAAGAUCAACAACCGGUUUGAUGAACUUAAUUUGCUUUUCAGAGGGUUUAUCGAAUGGUACUUCAUGACUUACUGGCAAGGCUCUUUUACAGAAAACUUCUAUGGCAUCAAAAGAGUCAAUCAAACACCUUUGGCAUCGGCCGAUAUCAACCUGAGUAAACUUACUCAAUUGUCACCGUCAAUGGUCGAAGAGAGACGGGAACUCACACCUUUACAAAAGGCAGUUUCCAUCUUUGAAGUUGUCGGCACCGCUUAUAUUGGUGAGAAGUUAAAUUAUUACUAUGACAUAUGGUACACCAGAAUGGUCACCAAUCAGCUCAUUGAGAGCGAAUUGUUCACACCUGAGGAAAACCGGAAAAUUCGAUGGAAGCGGCGGUUUGUGGAGAUCUUCCCAUACGUGCAAGGGGGGUACCGUUUUGCUAAUUUCGUCACCACAUUAGCAUACUUAGCUGGGGUGCUGAAGUCACCAUCUCUUUUGACCUUUUUGUUCCGCAUCGAUUUUGCCCGUCUUAAUCAACACGACUAUCAAAAAUAUGAGUCAGGAACUAACUACAAGUCUGAUCGCGAUGUUGUAAAUCGUGUUGGGCCGGCUCGUAUUGCCGAGUUAGCCUGGAGAAUUAUCAGACGCAAUCUCACGGGUCCGCUGGGUCGGAUCCUCAAGUACAUUUUGGGUACAUUUUUCCCAGUUGCCAUCUUUGGCUUGAAAUUCUUGGAAUGGUGGAAUUCACUGGGGUUUUCUGCCAAACUCAACAAAAACCAAGGGUCUCAAUUUGACUUCAAUUUGCCGGCCCCUUCAACUUUGACUCAAGCGAUCCAGAAGUCACGCCAUGCCAAGUCCAAUGAGCGCACACCGAUAUACCGCUCGGGCAGUUUUUGCCCUAUUUGCAAAAAGCCCAUCACCAACCCCGCUGUCAUUGAGACUGGUUACGUCUUUGAUUACACUUGCAUCUUCAACUACUUACAAAACUCACACAAGAUCGUUGCCGAAAAGAUCAAACAGCGGAAGGAAGGUCACGAAGACGAUGAUGACUUGUACGAAGACGAACUGGAAGAUGAAUACGAGGAAAAGAAAAAGAUCAAAAAGAAGGAAGAACACGACGCCGAGAACGAAGAAGUUCACAUAGACAUAUCAAAGGGUGGCCGCUGCCCCAUCACUGGUCGCAAAUUAUUAGGUUGCAAGUGGAACCUGUUGCGUGAGGAAUGGGACAUUAGCGGUAUUCGCCGUCUCGUAUUUUAA